AUCUAAUUACUUGUUUGGACACUGCAUCCAAUUUUUUGGAACCUGAGUUCAGUAAGUACUGCCCAGCUGGUUGUCUGCUUCCUUUUGCUGAGAUAUCUGGAACAAUUCCUCAUGGAUAUAGAGAUUCCUCGCCAUUGUGCACGGCUGGUGUGCAUGCAGGAGUAGUGUCAAACACGUUGGGUGGCCAAAUCAGUGUUGUAAUUAGUAAAGGUAUCCCAUAUUAUGAAAGUUCUUUGGCUAACAACGUCACAUCUGUGGUGGGACACUUAUCUACAAGUCUUUUUACAUUUAAGACAAGUGGCUGUUAUGGAACACUGGGGAUGGAGUCUGGUGUGAUCGCGGAUCCUCAAGUAACAGCAUCAUCUGUGCUGGAGUGGACUGACCACACAGGGCAAGAGAACAGUUGGAAACCCGAAAAAGCCAGGCUGAAAAAACCUGGACCGCCUUGGGCUGCUUUUGCCACUGAUGAAUACCAGUGGUUACAAAUAGAUUUGAAUAAGGAAAAGAAAAUAACAGGCAUUAUAACCACUGGAUCCACCAUGGUGGAGCACAAUUAUUAUGUGUCUGCCUACAGAAUCCUGUACAGUGAUGAUGGGCAGAAAUGGACUGUGUACAGAGAGCCUGGUGUGGAGCAAGAUAAGAUAUUUCAAGGAAACAAAGAUUAUCACCAGGAUGUGCGUAAUAACUUUUUGCCACCAAUUAUUGCACGUUUUAUUAGAGUGAAUCCUACCCAAUGGCAGCAGAAAAUUGCCAUGAAAAUGGAGCUGCUCGGAUGUCAGUUUAUUCCUAAAGGUCGUCCUCCAAAAUUUACUCAACCUCCACCUCCUCGGAACAGCAAUGACCUCAAAAACACUACAAACCCUCCAAAAAUAGCCAAAGGUCGUGCCCCAAAAUUUACGCAACCACUACGACCUCGCAGUAGCAAUGAAUUUCCUGCACAGACAGAACAAACAACUGCCAGUCCUGAUAUCAAAAAUACUACCGUAACUCCAAAUGUAACCAAAGAUGUAGCGCUGGCUGCGGUUCUUGUCCCUGUGCUGGUCAUGGUCCUCACUACUCUCAUUCUCAUAUUAGUGUGUGCUUGGCACUGGAGAAACAGGUCAGUACAUAGCUAGUUCACCUGAGUCCAAAACUACCAAAUGUGAAGUAGAAGCUAAAUAUAGAAGAUGAACUACACACAGUGUUUACCUGUUUGAGACUGAGAGUUAAGGUAGUUAUUAAAAUGAAAAUUUCAUGCUUCUCCUUUAUUCCCAUUAAAAAUAAGUGAGUUCAAUUCCA